AUGAAUCACUAUAAAUAUGUCAGAACGGUAAAGGAGCAACAAGCAGAACGAGAAAGACAACGCCCAAUACGCUACAAAUUACCAAAAAUGCUCGUUGAAUUCGUUAAUUCUUAUGGAAGUAUUGAAAAAUGCCGACGAUAUUAUUUGUUUGGAGUUAUCUUUUUGAGUUUUUUCAUUGUAAUUCAAUUUCAUCAAACAUGUUCAAUAAGAAAAUUUCAUUCUUAUUCGAUUCCAAUUAUUCAUAUUGAAAUCAAUUUACCUGAUCAUCAAAGUGAAAUUCGUUCGAAAUCUCUCGAUAAUCAAUGCAAUCAAAAUAAUUCAAUGAAAUCUGAUUUAACAAAAUCUUCAUCUAUUCAUUUAACUCGAGUUUAUCCUUGGCUUCACGCAGCACUUUUUCCCAUUCAAUCUCAAUCAUUAAUGUACUGUGCAAUUCCAAAAGUAGCAUCGAAAACACUCGUCUCACUCAUGAUUUAUGUUUACGUUCGAGAUACAAUUCAAAAUCUCACUCGAAAUGGAACAAAACCUUAUAUCGAUCAAACACAAACUCAACAAUAUAUUAAUAUUCCAAGAUUAAUCAAAGAAUUGAAUAAAAAUGGAAUAACUGUCGAUGAAAAAAGUCAAGAAUCGAAUUCUUUAUUAUCAUUAAUCGAAACUUAUCUUCAUAUUCUUCGUUUCGAAACUGUUAAUGAUAGUUUACCAUCCAUAUUUUUAAAUCCAUGGAGAUUUAGUAUCAAAGAUGUUUUCCCGCAAGUUCAUUUUACAAGUUUAAAAAAUCUCUCUGAUAUUUUCUCACCAUCAUUCACUCGUGUUUUAUUCGUUCGUCAUCCAUUUGAACGUUUAGCUUCCGCAUAUAAAGAAAGAAUUGCAACUUUAGACAAAGAUCGAAUUGAGUCUGAACCUUAUUAUGAUAACGUAAGAAAAACAAUUUGUCGUCGAUUUUCUAAACGAAAUCGGAUUCAACAUUUGCCACGACCUAUUAUUGAUCAAUGUUUACAAACUAUUCCUUCAUUUGAAAAUUUUGUUCAAUAUAUUCUGAUAAAUACUGAAACUUCGUUUGGAAUUGCUCGAAUGGAUAGACAUUGGCAACCUUAUUCAACUGUUUGUCAAGUAUGUAAAUUUCAAUAUAAUUUUAUUGGAAAAUACGAAACAUUUGACGAUGAUUUUCAUUUAUUACUUAAACGUCUUAAUGUUUCCGAUUGGAAUAUUAAAAGAAGACGAAGAACAUCAGGUCAUAAAACAGGAGACUAUCAACAAUUAUAUUCAGCAUUGCUUGAUCAUCUCAUUUGUCAAUUGAAACGACUUUAUAAAGAAGAUUUUCAAUUAUUUAAUUAUCGAAUUGAAGAUUAUGUCAAUCGAACACAAUUAAUUUGUUAA